AGAAAAAAAAUAUGAAAAAAAAAAAUCAAAACUCACGCGAACGCUUUCACUUCUGUCGGGGCACUGGCGAUCAGAUACGCCACCGCGGCAGCGGUAUUGGUAGGUGGUACAGGUUGGCGCGGCGGUGAGGAAAUCGUAAUAACAAUAAUAGUGAUAGUGACUGUUAUAAUGCCAAUACCGAAAACGUUAUUAUUUAAUAAUAAUAAUAUAAUGUGCAUUAUAUUAUGCGUUUCAUAACGGCGACGGGUGCGGGACGUGAGCCCGUCGAGGCCGCUGCCGACCGGACUUCUGGAUAGUGUGUGCUCCGACAACGCGUACGACCGGUCCGCGAGAGCCGAACAAAUGUCAUAUCAUAGUAAUAUACGAAUUGGCCAGCCAAGAGAUGUCAUUAUGGUGCUGAAGUUCAUACUCGUGUACUUUGUCAUCGCCACCGUCUCGUCUGAUCGUCUGUUGGACCUGACAGCGUCCAAGAUCGAGAUGACACCAAACAACACGAUCCAAUACUUGCAAUUUGAAGAUUUAUCAUUCAAUCUUACGGAGUUUACGAUCUGCACAUGGGUAAAAAUAUUGAAUUUUACACACACGCAAACUAUAAUCCGCCUUACAGGAAACAAAAAAGAGUCGUUGGUAUUGUGGCGGAUGCACGUUCAUCCCAAAGAAACUAUGAGAGUGACAAUCAAAAACCGUCUGGUGGCCUCGGAGAGCAUUCAACUGACCAGAGGACAGUGGCACCACGUGUGCUUCCAGUGGAAGGGUUCGACCGGCGUCUGGGCGACGUUCGUCAACGCAAAAAUCCAUUCGGUCGGACAAAUGCCUGAGGUCGGCAAUGACAUGAUGUCAUCGAAAGCGUGGAAUCUACAGGGAAGUGGCACCGGAACAGUGGGCGACGACAGCGUGCCCUGUCGGAACGGUUGGCAAGCGUAUGGACUGUACUUGAGUGGGCCGAUGGCGACAACGGUGGACGCGGCCAAUGCAGUCGGCAAGCCGUCGACGAACGCUUCCACCACUUCUGGAAGGACAAAGAAUAACAGCAAGCGGCAAGCGGUGUUCGAUUCGGACUUGGACGAACCGGCGCCUGGCGGCGCUGGGCAGUCCAAAUCGUUUCAGUGGCUCACCAAGUCAUUCGCAUUCAUGAAACGCAUGUUCACGUUCGUCAUCAUACCGUUCUUCAAGUUCGUCCGGAACACGUUCUUCCAGACCCGUUCGUUGGACGAUACAGUGGUGGACGUGAGCGAGACGCACCUGACGGUCAGCGACGUCAAGUUUGAGCCACCGUCGUCAGUGGCUACAGUCACGGUUGCGGCCAGCGAGUCGAGCUCUGAUGACGACAGUGACAAUAAAGUCAACCGUCGAUCGUCGUCGUCAUCCAAGCGGGAAACUGACGAUGACAGCCGUUGUGGUGGCACGCGGACCAACGACGAUCGUGUAACGGCGGCCGACCUAGUGGCCGCGGGGUCGGCACCCACGGUGGCCGUUGACGACGCGCUUUCGCCAAACGCCAAGAGGUACUUGCGAAUGGUCAGCGACGGCCUAAACGACGUGGGCGUAAACGCAGCGUUCGUCAAGCGGGCGUUCGCUUGUUGUAGCCGUGGGCCAUUCGAUCCGCGGGCUGACGUCGCGGUCAUCGACUGGGACCGAACCAGGGCCCACGCGCACGACGUGACCGCGUCGCCACACGUCUGCGGGCGGUAUUGACCGUCUGCAGCUCGCGCCUCUUCGUUUUUCCACCCCACCCGUAUUUUUUCACCCCCUUUUCAUCGUCCCAAUGACCCAAUGACGCGCCACGUUUGGUUAUUAUUAUUAUUUUUAUUAUUAUUGUAUGUACGUCCCAGAUCGACUCUUUAAUCGUAUACGUAUAUAAUAAAGCGUCCUAAAAUGUGAUCGUUUUAAACAAACAUCCCCCCCCCCCACAAAAUCAUGAUAGGGUAGGAAGAUUGGUUUAUGGCUAAUCGAUAGGUUUUGCGUAGGUAUUUUAUUAUUAUAGCGAAAAUAAACUACAGUUUCCCCACUCAGAAGUCCACAAGAUAUUCCACAUAUUAACUUUUCGUACAAGGGUUAUUCGAUAUGUUUACCAUUCAUAUAUGGUAUAAUAUGAACAUGCAAUCUAUAUUCUAAGGUCGAGUUACAUUUCAUUUUAAUUGAUACUCUCUAUUUUUUAUAUACCUAUAUAGUAUAUAUAUAAAAAUACGUUCUUUUGGAAGGAUAAGCGACAAUAUGUAUAGAUGAUGUAUUCUUAUACUCAAUUCCAUAACCAGACUUUCGAUCCAACGUUACGUCUUACGUCUAUCAAGAAGAGCUAGUGAACAUACAAUGUAUCAUCUCGUGUAGGAUGUAGGUACUAGUACGACUUAUAUAAUGCAUAUGUAUAAUAAAAAAUAUUUAUUAGAAAGUAUUUAUAAAUAAUAUUUUUUAAAUUUGUAAUCGUUUUUAAAAUAAGUACUUAUUAUUUAUAUAUUUUAUAUUGAAUACUUUUAAAAAAGUUUAUAUUAUAUUACAAGACUGUCGGAUCUAGGAUAAACCCAAUGAAUAGUACUUAACGAAAAACAUAAUAAUAACGUGUUUAUCUACACUUACAAAUAAACACUUAUAUAUAAUAUAGUCUUAUAAUAGUAUAAUAGUUUAAUAAUAUAGUCUUAUAGUUACCUCUAAAUGUCAAUAUUAUCACAUUUUUACUAUACCAUAUUUUAUAGUGUUUAGUAUAAUAUUAUAGCUUAAAAACCAAACAGAACCUACUAAUUAAAACUGCGAUAUUAUAUUAUGAAAAAAGUAUAUAAAAAAUAAUAAGAAAAAAUGUUCAAAACUUUAAACUUCCCCCUAUUGAUCGGUACCCAUCAUGAUGAUAUUGCCGCCGCCGUGCAUAAAAUAGGCUCAACACGUUAUUGUAUGUAUUUGUGAACCUUUAAAUAAUUGUAAACGAGAAGAUAUGCAUACCAUGAUAAUAGAAGUAUAUAAAUUGAUAUUCGUGGGCUCAGAACCAAAAGGUGCUAUCUCAAAAUAUCAAAUUGUUCAGGAGAGCC